AGUUUGCGCGUUCCAGACUAUAAGAGCCUCCAAAGUUCCCUUCAAGUUUGAGAAACACCUCCGUGACGCACAAGAGGAGACACCCCGUUCCGCCGGACAGAGGGAAACUACAUUUUAUUUGUGUUUUCCAAACUUCAAUGUUUGAGGAAGAGGCGAUGCACGAGGAGUCCAGCUCCACGGAAUCUCCAGUGGACAGUCUGGGAAACAGCGAGGAGGAGCCCGACAGACGACAGCAGAAACGCCGCAGCAGGAAAAGACGCCCGAGAAGGAAGAGCGGCGAGGAUUCGGACAGCCCGACGAAAAGCAAAAAGUGCAGCAGCGGCAGCGGGAGCCCACAGUCUCUGGAGGACCUGCAGACGCAGCGCGUCAUGGCGAACGUGCGCGAGCGCCAGAGGACUCAGUCUCUGAACGAGGCGUUCGCGUCGCUGCGCAAAAUCAUCCCCACGUUACCUUCGGACAAGCUCAGCAAAAUACAGACGCUGAAGCUCGCGGCCCGGUACAUCGAUUUCCUGUGUCAGGUCCUGCAGAGCGACGAGCUGGACUCCAAAAUGUCCAGCUGCAAUUAUGUGGCGCACGAGAGACUCAGUUACGCGUUUUCCGUCUGGAGAAUGGAGGGCGCGUGGUCCAUGUCAACAUCCCACUAACGCACGGGUGCGCGCUUUCGGUGCAGCAUGAUUUUGGGCCUUGAGCAUCGAGUCAGAGGAGCUGAACUCACCGGAAGGAGCGACACGAACAUUAGGAAUGUAACGGGAAGAUUGCGAGCACUUACAGACACGGGAGCAGGAAUUACAAUCAGAUCUGUGCUGUUGUGACGGAGAACGUGGAAAACGUGCUUCUGUCUGUCGACCCUCAGAGAGACUCACCGCUUCUGACAGCAGCCGACAUAUUUAUGACAGGACGAAUGAAGGAAAUAUGAGAGAAACUCUGCUCAUAACACUUUCUCUGGCUGCUCCUAGUAAAGACGUUUAUUUAUUUAUUAAAGACUGUCACAAUGCAGAACAGAUCUGGUGUCUAUGCAUUUUCUGUUUUAAAUACGAUGUAAAUAUGUGUAUGUUUUCUGCAAUAAAACAUGGUUUGAAAAUUUA